AUGCUUAAGGAAACUGAUCAUAGUCCACCUUCUUCCAUUGCCUUGUUGCAAGAAAGGUUUAGGCAAUUGGAAAAAAUGAAGGAAAUGAGACAGGAGAAAGCUCUCUUGAGAAUAUUGUCCGAAUCCGAGAGACCUUACAGUCCACCCAUCAUGCAUUACGAGCCCGAACAUAAAUCGUGUGUUAGCUCUGAACACAUGAUAUUCGCUCCUAAGCCGAACUGCCAACUUUCUCUCUCCCUCUUCCCGGAUACACAGAUCAAGUCCCCGAGUUUCCAGGGAGCUGAGGUCCCGCGUGGCACCAUUUCUUGGCUAGUUGACACGCCCUCGGUUUGUUCUUCAUCAAUCAAGAUCGAUAAUUCCGACUCUGAUGUUGAUACUUCUCUACAUCUGUAA